AUGACAGAAGCCAGUAUUUCAGUGGCUCAGGAUCAGUUCAGCUGUCCGAUCUGUCUGGAUCUACUGAAGGAUCCAGUGACAAUCCCCUGUGGCCACAGCUACUGUAUGAACUGUAUUGCAGAAUACUGGAAUCAGGAUGAUCAAAAGAGAGUUUACAGCUGCCCUCAGUGCAGACAGACCUUCAGUCCAAGACCUACUUUAAAUAAGAAUGUGAUGCUGGCUGAAACGGUGGAGAAACUGAAGAAGACAAAAAUCCAAACAGUUUUUCCUGCUUCCAGUUACGCUGGACCUGGAGAUGUGGAGUGUGACAUCUGCACAGGGAGAAAAUACAAAGCCGUCGGGUCUUGUCUGAUGUGUCUAAACUCUUACUGUCAAAACCACCUUAAACAACACGACAGAUUCUUUAAAGAUAAGAAACACAGUUUGAUUAAUGCCACUGGACGACUCAAGGAGAUGAGCUGCUCUCAACAUGACCGACUGCUGGAGGUUUACUGUUGUACUGACCAAACGUGUAUUUGUUUUUUGUGCACGAUGGAUGAACAUAAAAAUCAUCACACAGUUUCGGCUGAAGCAGAGAGGACUGAGAAACAGAAACAAUUAUGGGACAUACAAAGAAAGUUUCAGCAGAGAAUCCAGGAGAAAGAGAAGGAGCUUCAGAAGCUGAAACAGGCUGUGGAUACUCAUAAGAGCUCCGCACAGGCAGCAGUGAAGAACAGUGAGAGGAUCUUUACUGAACUGAUCCGCUCCAUUGAGAGAAGACGCUCUGAGGUGAUACAGAUGAUCAGAGAUCGAGAAAAGGCUGAAGUGAGUCGAGCUGAAGGACUCUUAGAGCAACUGAAGCAGGAGAUUUAUGAUCUGAGGAGGAGAGACGCUGAGCUGAAGCAGCUUUUACACACAGAAAACCUCAUCCAUUUCCUACAGAGUUUCCAGUCUCUCUCUGUUCUUCCCGCAUCUACAGAAAACAUCAAUAUCAGUUCUUUCUUUUCAUAUGAUGAUGUGCGAAAAUCUAUCUCUAUGCUUGAGGAUCUCUGUAAGGAAGCAAUAGAGAGUAUAUUUGGUAAAGUGACAUAUGUCGAGAUUGUUUCCACCCCUGAAUUUAGGACCAGAGCCGAGUUCUUGGUCUCGCAAACUCGCAAAUCGCUUUCUUAUUCCCACCAGCUCACACUGGAUCCGAACACUGCACAUAAGUAUCUCUGUCUGUCUGAAGGCAACAGAGUGGCUACAUUUAUUGGGGCUGACCAGCGGUAUCCUGUUCAUGCGGACCGAUUUCAUGAUUUUUUUCAGGUGUUGUGUAGAGAGAGUGUGUGUGGACGCUGUUACUGGGAGAUUGAGUGGAAUGGGAUGUCCGGGGUAUAUAUAUCAGUGUCAUAUAAGAGCAUCAGAAGGAAGGGGAGUGGUUUUGAGUGUGGAUUUGAGUUAAAUGAUCAGUCCUGGAGAUUGUUCUGCUCUAAAUCCUGUUACUCAUUCUGUCACAAUAGCAUAAAGACUGAUCUCCCUGUGGUCUCUAGCUCCUGUAAAAUUGGAGUGUAUGUGGAUCACAGUGCAGGAACUCUGUCCUUCUACAAAGUUUCUGACACAAUGACCCUCAUCCACAGAAUCCAGACCACAUUCACUCAACCACUCUAUCCUGGGUUUAGGAUAUAUUUGGGAUCAACAGUGAAACUGUCAUCUCCAUAGAUUUUAUUAAUAAUAGUGUCAUAUUACAAGUUUAAGCAUCAUGUGAGAUGCUUGGUCUGGUGCGAUCCUCACCUAACCUGGUUAACAAAGGUGAUUGCAGUUAUAUUUGUAAUGCAAGUUGUAAACACUCUUGUAUUGUUUUUAAUAGAUAA